AUGGAAGAUCCUGCUGCUGUUCGUUCAAAUGCUAAGGGGUUACUGUUGGAUGCUAACAAUGAUGACGAAAUUCAUAUGGAAUCGACAGAAAUGAUACUAAUCGAGACUACCAAUGAAAGUAAUACGGACAGAACUCAAAGCAAAAUACCUUUUCGACAGAGGGUAGAAGGACUGUAUAAGAAUUACUGUGGUGUAGCUGAAUGGGGUAACUUUAUUACUUUGGUAAUUAUGAUAUUAGGAAUCAUUCUGGUGGAAAUUUUCAAACACAUACAUCCGAAAGUGUAUUAUCAAAUUUUCCGCAUUAUUCGAGCUAUUGGCGUAUUUGGACUAUCAGGUGGUAUAACUAACUGGUUAGCUGUAAAGAUGCUUUUCGAUAAGAUUCCCGGAUUAAUCGGCAGUGGAGUUAUUCGAAAUCAAUUCAUAGAAAUUCGUAACUGUGUCAAGAUGGUAGUUUUAGAUACCUUCUUCGAGCCCAGCAGCAUGAUGGAAUAUUUAAAUGGCAAGCAAGACGAUUGGCUACAACAGUUGGAUAUAGAUUCCAAAAUAGACGGAGUUUUAAAAUCUCAAGCUGCGGAUGAAAUUGUUGACAAGCAAUUAAGUUUGAUGAUGAGUAGACCAGAAGGUAUGAUGUUAUCCUUUAUGGGUAUGAACGUAAACGUUUUAAAGCCGACGAUUCUACCGUUCAUUCAUGGCCUAGGACCUACCGUAUCAUCUGUGCUAUCCAAGAAUAUUCAGACUUCAGAAUUUAUCAAUCCUGAAAAUAUUCGGAAACAGGUAGAUGAAUUAUUAUCGGUAAAACUAGAAGAAAUGACAGCUGCUCGCGUGAAAGCGCUGGUAGAGCAUAUGAUACGUAAACACUUGGGAUGGCUGGUUGUGUGGGGUAAUGUAUUUGGCGCCCUAAUUGGCAUUAUUUGUGAAGUCUCAUCUGUUUUUAAGUGA